AAAGUGAAAGAUUAACUUUAGCGAUUGCCAACAAUAAAACAUUUCCCCCUAAUAAAAGCAUAUGAAUAAAAGCAUGACCUAUAACUAUUCACACUGCUCAUUGCUGUCACAUGAGCUAACCUUUGUCUUUCUGAGGUUGCCUUUAUUAUUUUUUUGUCAUCAGCACUGACUUCAAGAUUCAAUAUGAAAUAAUUAAAAAGAGUAACUUGAGAUGUCUAACAAUGAAACGGUCCCACCCACAUUACACAGUGUUCAACUUGCAGUGCUAUCAUAACUCAGACAAAUGAUUUUAUUUUACUUGACGCACAUGCAUUCAUCUCAAAAGGUUUUUUUUUUAAUGCAAAGCAGAGCGUGCACACACCCCAUCCCAUGAUGAAUGCCGUAAUCAGGCUGCGACUACAAAAAAACAUUGGGAUACUUGGAAAUUAGGCCCCUCUUUCCUGUCGCAGGUCAGCCGUGCCUCCCUCCUUCCCUCCCUCAGUGUGUCGUACGUGAAACAUCACGCUCCAAACACUGCUCGUUGAAACAGUGCUAAUUAAAAUCACCUGGGAAGAACUGCGUGGGGCUAACAAAGGGCCGGGCUUCACGUUACAGAGCAAAGUGUGUUCGCGUGUGUGUGAAAAUUUUUACUACUGCUAUCGCGGCCUCUUUGAAGAGCCACGGCGUUGAGUGAUGAAGCAGCAUGAUGCACACCUGCACUUCACCUGCACAGCUGCCGGAGUGAAACUGAGGUGCUCCUGCAACCAACACCAGGGGAAAAAAAAAAAUCUCAUAGCUAAUCACUGCCAUAAUGGGAGCUGUAAUACUAUACACCUUGUAUUUAAAGAAAAAAAAAAAAGACAAAGAUCACCUACCCUAUUGAUUUAGUCCCACAUCCCUUGAAGCCACUGAAAGUGCACUGGCAGUAGAUGUGGCUGAGGCUUAAGAGGAGAGCUGUCCAUUAACACUCCAAUACAUCAGCCUUCCUGUCCUGACACUCACUGCUCCUGCAUGCGAGCAGCUCUAAAGCUAGGAAGAAUUCACCCCGGAUUAUGGGAAUGGAGCAAGCAACCACGUAAAAACUACACAGAAGCGACAGCUGCAGAGGCGAGUGGAGGAAUCCCAGAGCAAGCCACAGCCAAGGUUGGGCGCAAUAGGAACAAAACAGAAGAAGAAGCAGGGAUCACUUCCUGCAAAUCCCUUAAGGACUGCUGCAAAACCCUGGUGGACCGUCGUAGGAAGCGUCAAGCUGCUCGUCUGGCACAUGUUCAAAGCUACUUUGCUCAGAAAGCAACAGAAACCCAGAUGGGAUGUAAUUCCAUCACAGAUGAAAGUUCAACCUCCAUCCCAAGGCUGAGUAUACAAAGCAGAACCGACAACCAACAGGGAUUCGGCAUGGACACACCACCAAUACUAAUGUACCACCAGAUUCCUUUGCUUUCUCUAGACUGGGGGAGUACCUCAACAACACCUCCCCAAGUGAACCCCCCAAACACAGAGAGCCAGCAAGUUGAAGAUCACCAAGCUGAGUUGAGUUUUGAUGCCUUUCUGAAGGGCUCUGAUACGGCAAUCCCUCACAGUGAUAUGCAGGAUCAGGCAUGUGCUUCUCCAGAGUCACUUGACCAUUCUGAAGUUUCAGCUUCAAGGGACAGAGUCGGAGGAUUGGAGGACAGAGAAGCUUGGAAAAAUUACAGUCAAGAGUCUGCUAAGAGGAGAACAACAAAUAUCAUCCAAUCUGAUGCCACACAACAAGGAAAGGAUCCGAUCACAAGUCUUUCUAGUGAUCAAGUUGUGAAUUACCAGUUAGUAAAAGAACCAAUGGUCACUACUCUACCAUGGUCUGUUUUAGAUUCAAGGGACCAAAUUGUAGUCCCAAUGGAAGAUAGAGGAGCGGAGAAAGAUUAUAGUCAAGGGACUGAUGACAGAGGAGCAAUAGAAACCAUAAAAUCUGACCCCACAGUGCAAGUAAAAGAUCUGAGUACGAGUCUCUCUAGUGAUCAAGUUGUGGAUUAUCAGUUAGCAAAAGAACCAAGCAUCACUACCGUACCCUGCUCUGUUUUACCUUCAAGGGACCAAAUUGUAGUCCCGAUGGAGGAUAGAGAAGCUGAAAAAGGCUACAUUCAAGGGUCUGCUGACAGGAGAGCAAUAGAAACCAUAAAAUCUGAUCCCACGGAGCAAGGAAAGAAUCUGAGCACAGGUCUUUCGAGUGAUCAAGUUGUUGAGGAUUACCAGUUAGCGAAAGAACCAAGUGUCACUGCCAUACCCUGCUCUGUUUUAGCUUCAAGGGACAAAAAUAUGAUCCCAAUAGAGGAUAGAGGAGCUAAGAAAGAUAAUAGUCAAUGGUCUGAUGACAAGAGAGCAAUAGAAAGUAUAAAAUCUGAUCCCACAGACCAAAGAAAGGAUCUGAGCUUGAGUCUUUCGAGUUAUGAAGUUGUGGAUCAUCAGUUAGUAAAAGAACCAAGCGUCACUAUCGUACCAUGCUCAGUUUUAGCUUCAAGGGAACAAAUUGAAGUCCCAAUGGAGGAUAGAGAAGCUGAGAAAAAAUGUAGUCAAUGGUCUGCUGACAGGGGAGCAAUAGAAAUCAUAACAUCUGAUCCUACAGAGCAAGGGAAGCAACCGAGCACAAGUCUUUCAAGUGAUCAAGUUGUCGAGGAUUACCAGUUAGUAAAAGAACCAAGCGUCACUGCCAUACCCUGCUCUUUUUUAGCUUCAAGGGACAAAAAUGUUGUCCCAAUAGAGGAUGGAGGAGCUGAAAAAGGCUACAUUCUAGGGUCUGGUGACAGGAGAGCAAUAGAAAUCAUAAAAUCUGAUCCCACAGAGCAAGGAAAGGAUUUGAUCACACGUCUUUCUAAUGAUCAGAUUAUGAAUUACCACUUAGGUGAAGAACCAAGCGCCACUACCGUACCAUGCUCGGUUUUAGCUUCAGGGGACCAAAUUGAAGUCCCAAUGGUGAAUAAAGGAGAUGAGAAAAAAUAUAGUCAAUGGUCUGCUGACAGAAGAGCAAUAGAAACCAUAAAAUCUGAUCCUACAGAGCAAGGAAAGGAUCGUAGCACAAUUCUUUCGAGUGAUCAAGUUGUUGUGGAUUGCCAGUUAGUAAAAGAACCAAGUGUCACUGCCAUACCCUGCUCUUUUUUAGCUUUAAGAAACAAAAAUGUCCCAAUAGAGGAUAGUGGAGCUGAAAAUGGCUACAUUCAAGGGUCUGGUGACAGGAGAGCAAUUGAAAUCAUAAAAUCUGAUCCCACAGAGAAAGGAAAGAAUCUGAGCACAAGUCUUACUAGAGAUCAAGAUGUGGAUUACCGGUUAGUAAAAGAAUCAAAAGCCACUACCGUACCGUGCUUUGCUUUAGCUUCAAGGGACCAAAUCGAAGUCCCAGUGGAGGAACUAGAAGCUGUGAAAAAUGAUAGUCAAUGGUCUGCUGACAGGAUGGCAAUAGAAGUCAUAAAAUCUGAACCCACAGAGCAAGGAAAGGAUCUGAGCACAGGUCUUUCUAGUGAUCGAGUUGUAGAUUACCAGUUAGUUAAAGAACCAAGGGUCACUACAGUACCAUGCUCUGUUCUGGGAUCAGAGCCAGACAGGCUGGAAAGAGAGUUAGAGGCAUCUCGUGACUGCCAAACGCCACAUCAUGAGCUCACAAGUGGAUUUUUGAGUCAAGACACGACCAAGGCGAGCCCAGGGGAUGAAACUGGAAUCGCGCAUGACACAGAGACUCAGAAUUCAGAAGCAGGAGAUGGAAUCUCACCUGAAGAAUGCACGGGCAGCUCCGACACCUCAAAGGUUAAAGAAAACACACACAGGGCGGUCAAAGACAUCCUGACAUUUACGGGGAUCAGAGACGUGCCACUCACAAAUAGACAGGCCGAGGGAUCUUCUCCAAAGAGGAAGGUUAUAAAUAUAGACGAUAGCGAGGAGCAGGUGGAAAUGAGGUGGUUUUAUACAGAACUACAUGAAGAGGACGCGGAAAGCAGUAGAAAAGGACAAGAUGAAACAACUAUGGAUCACAGUGCAGAAAUACAGAGUGUUUCAUCGUGCGCGAGCGAGGCGUUUAAUGAGAACGAAUUAUGCACGAUGAACAAGAAUCUUCACAAAGACAAUUCAGAGCUACAGAAAAGCGAAGAGAGGCGGUUUGAGGCAAAUGAAGGACUUAAAAUAAAGGAGCAACUCAACGAGACGACUAUUGAAGCAGCUAAAGGAGGUGAAGAGGAUGAAAUGUGUUCAGAAAGCAAACGAGAGCUCAUUGAGGACUCCCGAGCCAUCGGUGAUAAUUGCACAGAUGAAGACCUUACCAGCAAAGUUACAUAUCUGACAGAUAGCACUGACCUUCCCAAACACAUCCCUCAGACAACAUCUAUAAAGGACAGAGAGGUCAAUUCUCAAGAUGAAGAGUUUGAGCUUGGGAAAAGCCUCAAUGGUAGUAGCAACAGGCUGUUUUCAUGGUGGCAGGAGUUCAACUCACUGGGUCACAUGGCCAAGGCUUUACUGUAUGCUAUUCUGUUUGUGAUCUUCAUAACAACAUAUCUUUGUGACAUGCCAACCUGCUUGGCUCUCUAUUUGUUUUCUCUGUGCUGGUGGUGCAGCCAGGGCAUGAAACAGCGUCUGGAUGGGGCGUCUGUUGAUGUGGACUGAGACAAUAUACUGUAGGAUGUUUUUAAAAAAAAAACUUUUUUCACAAAUAUGAUGUAUGGUUUUAAAAUGUAAAGUGGCAUGACGUGAUUCUAUGGGCCCAAAAUAACUUGGAAAAUAGAUUUAAGAGGCAUUUCUGUUUUUGUUGCUUUCACUUGUAUUCUCAUUAAAAGUCCUAUUUGAUCCC